CUUUUAUUAUUUAUUCUUUUUCUUUUUUCAAUCUCUAACCACCAAGUUUUCCGGCGAGAACCUCGAGAGAAAAUGGCGACUCUUCAUAAAGUCAAGCUUUUAGCAACGCAGUGCACCGUCGCCGGAAGCCCAGGUCGUAGUCCCACAACCAGUCCCGUUGUCCAUCUCCGCCGUCACAAAACCCUUCGCAUGCUCCUCAACCGCUCUUCUGCCACCGGUCGCCGUCGUUUUCACCGAGAUCACGAAGACAGACACUUCGAUCUUCCUCCUCAACCCCCGGCGCCGCCAACUACCUCCAACUCCGACAGCAAGAAAAAAUCCAACGAGAAAAAAAGCAGACGAAAAUUAAAGGAACUCUUCGUGGCGUCGCCGCCGUUUGAAGAAAGAGAGAGUAACAAUAAAAGCUGUGAAGAAGAAAUAGAAGAUCUGUUACCGGUUACCAUUAGUUCCGGUGAUGAGCCUUUAAGUCGGGGCUCUGGUUCCCUGAGAACAGUAACGGCGUCGUUCCGGUACAGAUUUUUAAGGACAGCUUGGCGACCGAUGCUGGUUACCAUUCCAGAGUAAAAUUAAACUGCAUAUAUAUUUUUUAUUUUUGAUAAUUUUGGAUUAAAAUUAAAUAAAUGUGCAAAAAAUUAGCUUUUUU